AUGCUCAGCUCUGUUCGUACUAGCGAAUGCAAGUGUCGAGAUACCGGCAAGCACUUAAAGGGAUUCAAGUGCAAUACUGACAUCCAAGACAAGCACAAGCUGCGCCGUGAAGAAGGCCAGAUUCGUUCCUGGAACUGUUGCGGCGUCGGUGGUGGAAAUCCUGUCACUGCCGUAAGGACUGGCCUAGGUGAGGAUCGAAUACCGUUGUCAUUUUCCAGUCGAUAUGGAUUAGCCUUCUUUACAGAAGGCGGAAUACCAUCUUCCGGCCAGAUUCGUUCCUGGAACUGUUGCGGCGUCGGUGGUGGAAAUCCUGUCACUGCCGUAAGGACUGGCCUAGGUGAGGAUCGAAUACCGUUGUCAUUUUCCAGUCGAUAUGGAUUAGCCUUCUUUACAGAAGGCGGAAUACCAUCUUCCGGCCAGAUUCGUUCCUGGAACUGUUGCGGCGUCGGUGGUGGAAAUCCUGUCACUGCCGUAAGGACUGGCCUAGGUGAGGAUCGAAUACCGUUGUCAUUUUCCAGUCGAUAUGGAUUAGCCUUCAUUACAGAAGGCGGAAUACCAUCUUCCGGCCAGAUUCGUUCCUGGAACUGUUGCGGCGUCGGUGGUGGAAAUCCUGUCACUGCCGUAAGGACUGGCCUAGGUGAGGAUCGAAUACCGUUGUCAUUUUCCAGUCGAUAUGGAUUAGCCUUCAUUACAGAAGGCGGAAUACCAUCUUCCGGCCAGAUUCGUUCCUGGAACUGUUGCGGCGUCGGUGGUGGAAAUCCUGUCACUGCCGUAAGGACUGGCCUAGGUGAGGAUCGAAUACCGUUGUCAUUUUCCAGUCGAUAUGGAUUAGCCUUCUUUACAGAAGGCGGAAUACCAUCUUCCGGCCAGAUUCGUUCCUGGAACUGUUGCGGCGUCGGUGGUGGAUAUCCUGUCACUGUCGUAAGGACUGGCCUAGGUGAGGAUCGAAUACCGUUGUCCUUUUCCAGUCGAUAGGGAUUGGCCUUAUCGUCAACUUGGUGUGAUUGUGCUUCACGGCGGUAUAAAGUUUCGUCGCCGAGCAUCUCUUCCAGUUUUUUUAUAAUUUCGUUUGAAUCCUGAAGUGCGUCCCGGAGCUCCAGCAUUUCAAAUUGUGCUUUCUUUAGAUCUUUAGACAUAAAGGAGCCUCUCCAUUCCAAUUCAGCAAUGCGUUGUUCUAGUAAUUGGAGCUGAUUCACAAAAGCUGGGGAUUGAGUCUCUUGUGACAUUACUGAAUUUAGAGGUCCAUUUUGACGAAUUGGUUCAUUACGGCUGUCACCUUUGGCAAAGGGACUUGCUGGCGUAAUUGCUGGUUUUGAUUGUAACGAAUUCCGGGGAAUUCGCUGGUUGUUUAGUGCACGCAGUUCGUGUUCAAGUGCCUCUGCCUCCAGAUAAAGCUGUGAAGCAGUGCGAUGGUU